CGGGCCUCGGAUGCAGGCGCGGCCUGAGGGCGGUGCGGCAGGUUCGGGGGUGGCCGCUGCUCUUCUGAAGCAAACGAGCGUGGGCCAGGCCAGGUUCUGCGGACCAGGUUGAGGGUGGUGGGUAGCGAGGGGGCGUGGACGGUGGGUGUUGACCACGUCAAGAAACGCCUGCGGUGUAAUGAACCCUGGUUGCUUCCCCAGCCCGUCCGUCUCCAGAGGAGGCCUAUGAAGUGAAGCGAAUCGUUGCUGCGCCUCUAAAAGACAGGUUCUUUCUCUAGGCUUCUGUGGACUUUGCUUCUCCAGUAAAUGACCCUUGAAAAAAACUAACCAGUUUCUUGCAACUUUGAAAUCAUGGCUCAUGAUUUGGUGAUGUUCAGAGAUGUGACUGUAGACUUUUCUCAGGAAGAGUGGGAAUGUCUGAACUCAAAUCAGAGGAAUUUGUACAGAGAUGUGAUAUUAGAGAACUAUAGCAACUUGGUGUCUCUGGGUGGAUGUUCCAUUUCUAAGCCAGAUGUAAUUACUCUGUUAGAGCAAGGGAAAGACCCCUGGAUGGUUGUGAGGGAUGAGAGAAGAAGAUGGAGCCUAGAUAUGGAAUCCAGAUACGACACUAAAAAGUUAUUUGAAGUAAAGGAUAUUUGUGAAAUGAAUUUACCUCAGUGGGAGAUAAUGGAAAGAAUUAGAAGUUGUGGCCUUGAAGACUCCUUUUUCAGGAAAGAUUGUGAAUAUAAAAAGUUUGAGGGACAGGAGGGUCCUCAGGAGGCCUAUUUCAGGCAAGUGAAAAAAACCACCUCUGAAAAAAUGACCAGGAACAGAAAACACACAUCUCUUACUCUGUAUCAGAGAAUUCACAAUAGAGAGAAACCCUAUGAAUGUGGGGAUUGUGGAAAGGCUUUUAGAGUACGCCAGCAACUUACUUUCCAUCAGAGAAUUCAUACUGGCGAGAAACCCUAUGAAUGUAAAGAAUGUGGAAAAGCCUUUAGACAGUGUGCCCACCUUAGUCGACAUCAGAGAAUUCAUGCUUCUGACAAACUCCUUGAAUGUAAAAGAUGUGGAAAGAUCUUUACAUGUGGUGCGGAUCUUCGUGUACAUCAGAGAAUUCAUAUUGGUGAGAAGCCCUACGACUGUAAGGAAUGUGGGAAGGCCUUUAGAGUGCGAGGACAACUUAAUCUCCAUCAAAGGAUUCAUACUGGUGAGAAACCCUAUGAAUGUAAGGAAUGUGGGAAGACUUUUAGACAAUAUGCACACCUUACUCGACAUCAAAGACUUAAUAUUGCUGAGAAAUGCUAUGAAUGCAAGGAAUGUGGGCAGGCUUUUCUGUGUAGUACAGGCCUUAGAGUACAUCACAAACUUCAUACUGGUGAGAAACCCUAUGACUGUAAGGAAUGCGGGAAGGCCUUUAGAGUGCGGCAACAACUUACUCUCCAUCAGAGAAUUCAUACUGGCGAGAAGCCCUAUGAUUGUAAGGAAUGUGGGAAGACCUUUAGUCGUGCCUAUCAUCUAACUCUCCAUCAGAGAAUUCAUACUGGUGAGAAACCUUAUGAAUGUAAGGAAUGUCAGAAGUUCUUUCGUCGUUACUCAGAACUUAUUUCACAUCAGGGUAUUCAUAUUGGAGAGAAACCCUAUGAUUGUAAGGAGUGUGGGAAAGCCUUCAGACUGUUCUCACAACUUACUCAACAUCAGAGUAUUCAUUUUGGUGAGAAACCUUAUAAGUGUAAGGAAUGUGAGAAGACUUUUAGACUGCUCUCCCAACUUACUCAACAUCAGAGUAUUCAUACUGGUGAGAAACCAUAUGACUGUAAGGAAUGUGGAAAGGCCUUUAGACUUCAUUCAUCACUUAUUCAACAUCAGAGAAUUCAUUCUGGUGAGAAACCAUACAAAUGUAAGGAAUGUAAGAAGGCAUUUAGACAACAUUCACAUCUUACUUACCAUCAGCGAGUUCAUAAUGUCACUAAAUAAUUAUAAGAAAGCCAUCCAUUGUGAAUUUUGUUUUGAGGAGCAGUAGAAAAGAAAUUCUGGAGGAAAAGUGUUUGAAUGUAGGAAUCCCUUUUGCUUCAUGCUCAAAAUUAAAAUGAGGUUUUAAAACAAUAGUUAAUUUAAUGAAUACAUAGAAGUAUUUCAUCACCAUUCAAACCAUAUUAAACUUUAGGAAAUUCAUUCUAGAAAGAAACUCUCUUAAAGGAGUGAAUGUGGAAAAGCUUUUGAUCUUACCUAUUAUCACCUCUCUUCUUUCG